GGAGAGAAACCUUUCUGUUGUGAUCUAUGUGGACACAGAUUUAGCCGAAAAGGACAUUUAAACACACAUAUGAGAAUCCACACUGGACAGAAACCUUUCUGUUGUGAUCUAUGUGGAAAAAGAUUUAGCCGAAAAGGACAUUUAAACACACAUAUGAGAAUCCACACUGGACAGAAACCUUUCUGUUGUGAUCUAUGUGGAAAAAGAUUUAGCCGAAAAGGACAUUUAAACACACAUAUGAGAAUCCACACUGGACAGAAACCUUUGUGUUGUGAUCUAUGUGGACACAGAUUUAGCCAAAAAGGAAGUUUAAACACACAUAUGAGAAUCCACACUGGACAGAAACCUUUCUGUUGUGAUCUAUGUGGAAAAAGAUUUAGCCGAAAAGGACAUUUAAACACACAUAUGAGAAUCCACACUGGACAGAAACCUUUGUGUUGUGAUCUAUGUGGACACAGAUUUAGCCAAAAAGGAAGUUUAAACAAACACAUGAGAAUCCACACUGGACAGAAACCUUUCUGUUGUGAUCUAUGUGGAAAAAGA